UUACAAGCAAAACAAAAUAACUUAUAAUUUUAUAAUUUUCUCCAAUUUCGUUAACAGUGUGAAAUUGUUUUUGUUUUAGUGGUUAGUGUAGUGUAGUAACUAUAGUGUCUCUUAAAUAGUGUACGUAGAGGCAUUGUCGCAUGUGUACUGCGCAUGCGUGAAUUUCAUUCACUGCGCCCAUGUCGUAGUAGCGACCUUAUCUGCUCACUUUAUACAUUGUUUGUGUUGCUCAUUCCUGAUACUGGCGCCGCGAGGUGCGCACGUGUUUGACAGAAGUGAAAGUGAAGUGGAAGUGGUUUCAUUGCGGUGCGGAUGCGUGUGAGGUAGCGUUUUUGCGGUAUGGAGAGUGCGGUUCACGCGGCGGUGCCGCUUCGUGUCGGGAAGAAGAUGAGGAAGCGGCGGGAGUUGGACGCGCUGGUGGGAGGCGCUGGUUCCCGCGGCGGGAGAUUGCUUUCCGCUUCUAGUGAUGAAGGAGAACCAUGGGGGAGGAGGACGACACGACGCCGCCGCUCUCGCCCUUUCGUCCGUCUCGCUGCCGCUUUAGCACUAUGUGUGUGUGUGGUGUCAGCAGCAACAGUGUUAUGGCUCUUUGUGGAUGUUCGCCGGCAAAUUGUCUCAUUACGAAACGAGAUGGACAGAGUAUCAACGAGCAGCGAAGGCGUAGGUGACGCAUUACAAGUGUGCCACACAGCAGCCAAGGUCCUACGGGAGAAUGUCACCGACCUGAGUCUCAGGCUCGGCAAGUUGGAGCACGACCAUCAAGAGUUGGUGAAGCAAGUGGACUUGUCGAAGGCCGAGUUGGCGGCUGUGACAGACAAACUGGCUGCGGCACCCACUUUAGGACAAAUGCCGACUAGAUUAGCUCAGUUAGAGAAGACAGUAGCUUAUUUUGGUUCACAGAUACAAGGCUUCGAUUCCGGAAUCAACACAGCCCGGUCUCAAGCCGCCACCGCAGCGUCUGGCGUCGAAGACAUCAAGACGAUGCUUCAGAAACUGCACGCGAAGAACAACGAGACGAGAGCCGACGUCUCGUCCAAUAAGAAGAAUGGAGAAGAGUUGCGUGCGCAACUAGCAGCGCUCAACAACACGCUCGUAACAAGAGUAGACGCGCUGCAAACUAAAGUUGAAGAAUUGCAAAAGCCACGCAGUACGGCCGCGCCGACGACGCCAUCAACUUCUACCACUUCCAGCACGACGUCAACGACAACUACCACAACAUUACCGCCAGGGCCUCCAGCAAAACCGAACGUGCUGCAAUGAACAAACCCGUCAAAUUAACUGUUAAACCCACGAAGAAGGAAGUUUGCUCACAUUUCUUGGUUUCAAGAACGUCCAGAAGGCAUAUAUAUACGAUAGGAUCGAGAGCUCGUAAGGAAACCCUCCACAAUUAUCUUAAGGAUUAGCAAGGAGCUAGAAUUAAAAAUGGAGACUGCGCAUUUUCGCUUCAAACUCACUCGACUGAAUCGAGACAAAAUAAUACAAUAUUAUAAGUGCGGACUCCAUUCGUAAUUUUAGACUUCUUUGGUUAGUGAGUCGAUAUUUUUACUGAUUCGAAGUUCGCCACACUUCAAGUGUCAUUUUUAUAUCAAUGUGAGUUAGUUAUGAUACAAAAGGUGAUAUUUGAAUGAUGACGAAUGUUGGUGGUUCGGCCAUAUUAGAGGUAAUGGUAUUUUGGACUUUACCCUUGGGGUGCGAUGGUAAAAGACAAAUUUAACUUUGAUAUUUAAAACUACGCAUUAAAAAUGCGAGAAAACAGCACAGUAAAUGAUAUCGCACGAAUUUUUACUUUAUUAAUUAAAAUUUGUUGUACAAUAUAAUCUUGAACUUAGAUUAUUUUGAUCUUCGAUGUGCGAUACCAAUAUCAAUAUUUGUUGAAAUGUGGACAUUAAGCACCAUUACUGCCCCCAAGCGUAAAUUGGCUCUGUAGAAAACGAAUAUGUAGAUUUUAUGUAAUACAUUUAUUGGUGCAUCUGAAAUGUUUCUUAAAAUUUUGUUACAAAAAUAAGUUUCUGAAAUAUAUAAAUACUGUAGUUGAUUGUAGAAGUAUUUUAGUAUUAUUUCUGAAGUUAUGACCCAUAUUUUAAAGCUGCAUAUCGUGUCGUUUUCUGCAAAGUUCGAUAGAUCGCCUUAUAUAAUUUGUCGAAAUGUAAGGUAGUUGUCGAAACGUAAAGGUUAGAGAAAACGUGAUUUGUGUUACACGCUUACUCGAUGGUUACUUUCGAGGAAAAGUACAUUAUAAAAUAUUCAUAUUUUAAAGGAGUAUAAUUAUUUUUAUGAAUAUGCACCUAUUUCUGUGAUUUUAUAUAGAGAGUAUAACGAUUAUAGGUGUACAGUCCAGUACAAAAGUCCGGCUGGAACUUAUGAACAAUUGCAGAAUUUUUGCGAUUUCAUUGUUCAGACUUUUACUUAAGUGUACAUAUCUAAUCUCACAAUCAAUUAAAGAUUGUUCCUUUAUUUUGUCGUGGUAUAAUUAAAUUAUAGCCCCUUCGUACAAAUUAUCGAGUGUCGAAGAUUUGCGCAGAUUUGAAUGGGGUUAAAUCACAUGUAAUUUAUCUACUAAAUGUCCUAUGUUUAUUGUCACUGAUUUUAUUGAUUGAUAAGCUAAGUUACAGUUUUUGCCUAUUACCACAAAACACAGAGAUUAACUCUCUGUAAUGUCUGUGUUCUGUGUCUUUUAUUUUAUGAUUUACUUUCGCCGACGUAGAAUGAACAAAUUUCAUAAAAACUAGUGAGAAAGAGAAGUACCUACACUCAAACGCAAAAGCGAGGUAAUACGAGUGUUAUAUAAAAAGACUUUGAAUUUUUUUGGAACCAAAUAUCUCAGUAGCUAAAAGGCCGCAUUUGAUGGAAUUUGGCACAGAGAUUAAUUUGACCCUCACAUAACAUUGGAUUUUUUAAAACAAUAUAAUAUAAUAUGGAGUGUCAAAAUUUUCUCAUAUUUGAAAUAUGUUUUAUCUGUUGAAAAGCAAGUAUAUCUAAUCUAUGAUUGUAAUAGGUAAGUCUUUGUGUGAACGCACGAGUUAAUCGUGUAACACAUUGGAAAUGUCGCAAUAAGUAUGGAAGUGUGAUGUGUUGUCACGAUGUGUUUGGUGAAGUCAUCUUUGCGGGCUGUGAGUGUGCGUGGCCUUGACUCAAGAUAUUGUUUUGCAAUUUAAUCUUAAAAAAAAGCAAAAUAAAUCUUUUUGUAGUUCCGUGCUUGCCACGGGAUUGUACCAAUAUUUAAGUGACACUUAUUUUGAAAAUAAAUAUUUUUUUAUUUAUAAAUGUGCAGCUGCAAACUAAUUCAAUUAUUUAGUGUAUCUUGAGACGUACGAAAGAAAAGCUUUCGAUUUGAUGAAUUUCCUUUUAGUUUAUUCUAAUUUCCAACUUAUCAUAUUUUUAUAUCAUAUUUUCCAAAAUUAUGUCACGUCGAAAUCAAAAUAACUCUUUAGCCAAACACCACGAAACGCAAGGUUGAUUCGAAAAAUACCUAUAACAUUAUUUGGAAAGGAUACCAAGUGGUUAAAGUACUUGGUAUAUAUCCGAUUUGGUAUAUAUACUUAUGCAUUGAUCCUUUAAUUUUGGUUACAAAUUAGUAAUGGAAACCUUGAACUGUUUCUAUAAAAAAUAUGGAAAAACUUUGAGUUAACUGCAAUAAAGUAGGUACAUUUAUUUUAUAUAUUUUUUUAAGUUAAUGACUUUGAUAUGCAGUAUUUUAACCUCCUAAUCAUAUUCCAAAUGAAGUUAUAGUAACCAAUGUAAAUAAUUUAUUAUAGUUUUAACGUGAAUAGCGUCGACCGCACUACGUGUGAUUCGAGAGUGUGUUUAUUACUUGUAAUAAGUUAUUGUUAAUAGAUCAAAUUAUUACACAA